GCUGGUGGCCAGCAGCUGUCAGGGUCGGGCCAGCUCAUUUCUAGAGACUGGCUAAUACUGUCCAUUGGCAUCGAGGACGCAGAACCCCCACCCCCCAACUCCAAGCCUGAAGCCUCCUGAGACCCUCUGUCCAGGUGCCCAGAAAGCUUUGAGGGCAGUUUGCACCGUGGCCAGUGAAGAAUGGCUGCAUGUGUGCCAAAAGGAGCUUAAUUCCAUCGCAUUGGAGCUGUCUGGACCCCAGGAGGAGAGCAGAGAGCAUUCUCCUAAACGUUUUCUUGAACUCCGCCGGGAAUUUAAGAAAAAUGUGCCGGAGGGAAUCAGAGAGAUGGUGGCUCCCGUGCUGAAGAGCUUCCAAGCCGAGGUGGUGGCCCUGAGUAAGAGGAGUCAGGAAGCAGAGGCGGCGCUCCUGAGUGUUUAUAAGCAAUUAAUUGAAGCGCCAGACACUGUUCCUUCGUUUGAGGUGGCGCAGACUCUGGACGACAGACUGCAGCGCCCCAGCUUUGACCGCAGCGGGCAGCGCCUACAAGACCUGCACAUCUUGUGGAAGAGGUGCCCAGAGCCACCCAGCAUCAGAGAGCAGAACGAGGGGACGUGUCCUACUGGGCACACGCCAGCCAACGGCAGCCACCUGCCAGGUCCCCAGCAUACCCUCCUGACAGACACCUUGCUGCAGAAGGAUGAGGCCGAGAGACAGAAGGGCCUCCAAGAAGUCCACAUCACCUUGGCAGCCAGGCUGGGGGAGGCAGAGGAGAAAAUCAAGGUGUUACAUUCAGCGCUAAAGGCCACACAGACGGAGCUGCUGGAGCUGAGGAGGAAAUACGAUGAGGAGGCUGCGGCCAAGGCAGAUGAGGUCGGCCUGAUCAUGACGAACCUGGAGAAAGCCAACCAGCGUGCAGAGGCCGCCCAGCGGGAGGUGGAAAGCCUACGGGAGCAGCUGGCCUCGGUCAACAGCUCCAUCCGCCUGGCUUGCUGUUCCCCUCAGGGACCCAGUGGGGAGAAGGUGAGCUUCGCAUUGUGCUCAGGUCCCCGGCUGGAGGCAGCACUGGCCUCCAAGGACAGAGAGAUCCUGAGACUGCUGAAGGAUGCACAGCAGCUACGACACUCCUUGCAGGAGCUGGAGGAGGUCUCAGCCAACCAGAUCGCUGAGCUGGAGCGGCAACUGGCAGCCAAAUCUGAGGCCAUAGAGAAACUACAAGAAAAGCUCGAGGCCCAGGCUGACUAUGAAGAGAUUAAAACAGAACUGAGCAUCCUGAGAGCCAUGAAACUGGCCUCCAGCACCUGCAGCCUCCCGCAGCCUUGCUUCCUGUCUCCUCAGGCCCUGGCCAAGCCAGACGACCCACUGCACAUGGCCAAGGAGACCUUCUUUCCCAGCCAGAAGUUCCUGAUGGAGAAGCCGGCACUGCUGGCCAGCCCUGAGGAGGACCCCUCGGAGGAUGACUCUAUCAAGGGUUCACUGGGCACGGAGCCCCCCUACCCUCAGCUUCCACCUCCACCAGGCCUGGAAGACCCACUGUCCCCGAGCCCAGGGCAGCCCCUGCUGGGCUCCAGCCUGGGUCCUGAUGGGCCAAGGACUUUCUCACUGUCCCCCUUCCCCAGCCUGGCAUCCGGGGAGAGGCUGACUGGGGACCCACUGCUGCCCAAGAACAUAAUGGGCCCGGCUGCCUUCAAAGGGGAAGCGGGCAAUCUGCUGGCAUGCCCACCUGCCUUCUAUGGUGGUGCCAAACCUCCAACGGCUCCCGCCACCUCGGCACUCGGCCCUGAGCCCACUGGGGCCCCGGAGCCUGUGGACGGGGCUGGGCCAGAGGAGGAGCAGCUGGACACGGCGGAGAUCGCCUUCCAGGUGAAGGAACAGCUGCUGAAGCACAACAUUGGCCAACGUGUGUUCGGUCACUAUGUGCUGGGACUGUCGCAAGGCUCGGUGAGUGAGAUCCUGGCACGGCCCAAGCCCUGGCGCAAGCUCACAGUGAAGGGUAAGGAGCCCUUCAUCAAGAUGAAGCAGUUCCUGUCAGAUGAGCAGAAUGUGCUGGCCCUGCGCACCAUCCAGGUGCGGCAGCGAGGCAGCAUCACCCCGAGAAUCCGCACACCUGAGACGGGCUCAGACGACGCCAUCAAGAGUAUCCUGGAGCAGGCCAAGAAGGAAAUUGAGUCUCAGAAGGGAGGUGAGCCCAAGAACUCCACAGCUUCUGUGAGCAUCCCUAACGGCACAGCCUCCUCCAGCACCUCGGAAGACGCCAUCAAGAACAUUCUGGAACAAGCCCGCCGUGAGAUGCAAGCCCAGCAGCAGGCUCUGCUGGAGAUGGAGUCGGGACCCAGGGGCCGCUCCGUGCCUCCCUCCCCUCCGGAGCGGCCCUCACUGGCCACUGUGAGCCAGAAUGGGGCACUGGCCUGUGUGAAGCAGGAGGAUGGCGGUGGUGGCUGCAGCAGUAGCAGCAGUGGUAGCAGUGCGCAGGCGCCACUUGCUGUCCUGUCCCCGGCUGCAUUUGUGCAGCGGAUCAUCCGCAAGGUGAAGUCCGAGAUCGGUGAUGCCGGCUACUUUGACCACCACUGGGCGUCGGACCGCGGCCUGCUCAGCCGACCAUACGCCUCCGUGUCGCCCUCCCUCUCCUCCUCUUCCUCCAGUUACUCUGGACAGCCCAAUGGGCGAGCCUGGCCCCGUGGAGAUGAGGCAGCCAUCGCCCCUGAGGACGAAGCAGCCAUGGGCGAGGAUGAGUCCCCCAGGGUGGGAGAGCUCAAGGCUGAGGCCGGGGUCCCGGAGGUGGGCGGCGGGCGGCUGCCCUACUACCCGGCCUAUGUGCCCCGCACGCUCAAGCCCACGGUGCCGCCCCUGACGCCUGAACAGUACGAGUUAUACAUGUACCGGGAGGUAGACACACUGGAGCUGACCCGACAGGUCAAGGAGAAGCUGGCCAAGAAUGGCAUCUGCCAGCGCAUCUUUGGGGAGAAGGUCCUGGGACUGUCCCAGGGCAGCGUGAGUGACAUGCUGUCAAGGCCGAAGCCAUGGAGCAAACUGACACAGAAGGGCCGAGAGCCCUUCAUCCGCAUGCAGCUGUGGCUAUCGGACCAACUGGGCCAGGGCCAGACCCCACCCCAGCAGCCCAGCACCACACAGGCCAGUCCCACUGAGCCGAGGUCCUCACCAUCACCUCCCCCAAGCCCCACGGAGCCUGAAAAGACUUCCCAGGAGCCCCUGGGCCUGUCUCUGGAAAGCAGCAAAGAGAAUCAGCAGCCUGAGGGUCGGGCCAGCUCCUCCCUGGGUGGGAAGCCCUUCUCAGGCAGCCAGGCUACAGGGGGCAUCCAGGAGAUGGUGGCCAUGUCCCCAGAGCUGGACACAUACUCCAUCACCAAGAGGGUCAAGGAGGUCCUCACUGACAACAACCUAGGGCAGCGGUUGUUUGGUGAGAGCAUCCUGGGGCUGACACAGGGCUCGGUGUCAGAUCUGCUGUCAAGGCCCAAACCCUGGCACAAGCUAAGCUUGAAGGGCCGGGAGCCCUUCGUGCGCAUGCAGCUGUGGCUGAGUGACCCCCACAAUGUGGAAAAGCUGCGGGACAUGAAGAAGCUGGAGAAGAAAGCCUAUCUGAAGCGCCGCUAUGGACUCGUCAGCACAGGCUCGGACAGCGAGUCACCAGCUGCACAUUCCGAGUGCCCCAGCCCCUGUCAGCAGCCACAGGAGCUGAGCCUCACGCAGGCCAAGAAGCCGCGCGUGGUGCUGGCACCCGCUGAGAAGGAGGCGCUGCGGAAGGCCUACCAGCUGGAGCCCUAUCCCUCGCAGCAGACCAUAGAGCUGCUGUCAUUUCAGCUCAACCUCAAGACCAACACCGUCAUCAACUGGUUCCACAACUACAGGUCCAGGAUGCGCCGUGAGAUGCUGGUGGAAGGAGCACAGGAUGACCCAGACUUGGACCCAAGUGGGGGUCCCAGUGUCCUGCCACCAGGCCACACCCACAUAGACCCCACCCCGCAGAGCCCUGACUCAGAGGCUGAGGACCAAAAGCCCCCAAAGAAGAGCCUGGAGCUGCAGGAAUCUGGGAGCCCUGCACCCCUAGCAGCCCCAGACAGGGCUCUGGUGAGGAUUAAGCAGGAGGAGGACAUAGAGAUGGACGAGGACAGCCAGCCCCUGGAUGUAGGGGAUCCAGACAGAGGACAAGGCAGCCCCAAAGAGGAGACUACCCAUCCUCUGGGGAAUAACAAACUCCCAGAGCUGGUCCCUGAGCCCUUCCCUUCAGACACGCCCAACCCAGACUGCCCCCCAUUGCACAUCUCUCAAGAAAAGGAGGUUGGAGAGCAGGUUCACUCAGACCCCCUGAGUUUCAAGUCCACUUCAGAAUCCUCAUGCUGCAGCCUGGAGGGGCCACCGAACUCCCCGUCUGCCAUCUCUUCACCAGACCUCAUGACAUGUGUGUCACCCGUUCCCUCAUCCUCAGCCCCCAUCUCCCCAUCCCUACCUGGUGCCCCACCUGCCAAAGUGCCGAGUGCCAGCCCCACUGCUGAUACAGCUGCGGCUUUGCACCCCAGCACCAAGGUGAAUCCCAACUUGCAGCGGCGACAUGAGAAAAUGGCCAACUUGAACAGUAUUAUCUACCGACUGGAGAGGGCUGCCAACCGGGAAGAGGCUUUGGAGUGGGAAUUCUGAACCGGGGGUGAGAGACACACCCCAGUGGUCACCUUUCCUCCUCCUUUCUCUCUCCCAGAUGGGGUGGGGCCAGAGAGGCAAGAACUCAGCCAUGCAAAUGUGGACAGCAAUGUUACGUUUAUUGUUGUAACACUAGUUACCUGAAGUUGUGUGUGAGCAGAUGCCGCCAGCCCUGCUUGUAGGAAGCACUGGGAUCCUGCCUUUGUCCCCUCCCCCACGGGAGGCAGGACCAAAACGACACCACAUUCUCACCCAGAAACUCCAAACUCUUUUAGAAAAAUAAAGAAAUAUUUAUAGACCUCUUUCAGCUAUUUUAAUAAAGGAUCCUUGGAAUUUAUUCCCAGCUGAUGCUGUUUUGAUAUUAAAGAGUUAUAAAAUCAGAUGCUGUCACGGCUGCUGUGGAGCAGACACAGAAGCUGUGUCAUUUUUUUGCCAUGAGAUGAGAUUAAAAGACAACUGUUCAAAGCCAUCACGAAGCAUUCUAAGACGGACCAAAUUCAGAGAACACUUGGACUGCGGUUUGGUAUUUUUUCCCUCAUGCCUGUCUGUGAGACACAGCACGAUGCUGCUGCCCUUCCAGAAUCUGCGUUUUGCAAAGAAAAAGUCCAAAAGACUCUAAAUGAAAUCUCCAUGCUGCAGAGGGUGGGACCGUGCUGGUGGCCUGUCUGCAGCCUCCAUGUCACAGCAGUCCUGUCGCUGGUGGGAAAUGUUGCCCUUAGCGAAAGUGGUGUGUUUCAUAAAGGCCUCCACUCCCCGAGUUAGAAACCUUCUGUGUUAUAAACAAAGUGUUUCCAGAACCUUUGGAAGCCAGGUGUGGGGGAGUUACUCAAAGAGAGUUGUUUAUGUCAGAGUGACCCUAACUCCCAUCCUGAAUGGUGCCCGUACUUGGAAGGUUUCUCCUACGGUCUGAGCCAGGCCCUUUUUCCUAGAAAAGGAAAGUGUUGAUUCACCAUAGCCCCCAAAGCUUAGCAACCAGCUCCAAAAACUAGAUCCAUUCAGCCGGAAACCUCAACUCAGUUUCUCACCAUCUUCGCAAGUUGACAACGGUGCAUCCCUGGAAUGUGUCCAUGAGUCUGUGAAACUUGGAAAGGCCAAAGUCACCACAGCAUGGCCACCACAUCCCCACACAAGACCUGCCUGGGGUCAAAGAUGUGACUCCCCUGACUCAGAAGCAGCCUUCCCCCAACAUCCUGACUGGCUGCCAGGGAGAAAGGAUGCUGGAUGCCGUGGCCUCCAUAUCAUAGCAGUGGUUGGAUCUGCUGCUUUUAUUCCUUUUCUCUCGCAGCCGUGGAAGCCGCACGGGUGAAGAUGACAAACGUGGGGUCAUCUCUGUUGCCGUUCAGUGCUCGAGGGGCAAACCGCUCUUCGGCGCAGUGACUCUCGUGAAAUCAUGUGAACCAAAAAGUUGGCAACCAGAAAGGGGGAAGAAAAAAGAAUGUUCCGGAAUUUCUAAUUCUCGUGCGCCCAGCCAGGCUGCAGACAGGCCCUGGAAAACCUCUUUUCCACACACAACCCUGGCUAUGCACCGAGAAGCUUUCCACUGUAUACUUUUUAUCCAGAGGAGGGUAUUUUUAUAUUCUGACACUAGGAAACCAUGGCCAGUUUUCAGAGGAAUCCAUUCUGGACAAACAAAGCCUGUCUUGGCCUCUGCCACCGCCAUUGCCACACACACCCACAGGGAGACCUUGCCACUUUUCCUCUGGAAACUACAUGUUGAGGUGAUCCACGCCACACCUCGAUGCUACUCAGCAGAAUUCACCGUGACUUUACUGUGACGGGAUUCGGUGUGACCUUUGAACACAGAAGCCUGGUUGUGCAGAAGCCCACGGGCCUGCAAACAGAUCUGUCCGGUUCACAUCCUACAACGGUUUGAAUCAAAAAAACACACACACAUGAACUGUUUCUAUGAGAGAUUGAUGAACUUUGUCUAAAAUUUUACAUAAAGGGACACCUUCUGUAAACACGUCCCUAAAUACAGAAUUGUAUAAUAA